AGUCCAACUUAGGUUUAGGCUGCCGGUAUAAGCUAAUGGGAGGAAUGGCGACCCAGGUUCUACAAACCAGUCAUAUUCAGAGAGUCUUCAGAUCCACCAGACACAGAUUGACUGUGCAACACUUGAGAUCAAUGUCGGCACUGAUAUCUUCCUCCCUGCUGAGGUCCUGUGCUCUCAGACUCAGAUCUGUGGAUGCACUCAAACACAGCAACACUUGGAAGUUAUGCAGCAUAAGUUUGCUCCAGUGGUGCAGGUCUCUCCACGUGGACAGUCCUCCUCACAUACCCUCUUUAACCACCAGUUAUGUCCAUGGCACCUCCUCUGCCUCGCUGCUCUCCCUGACAGUAAGCCAGAGUCUGGACUGUACGGUCCAACGCUGGCCUGACCGUGAAGCUGUGGUCUUCCUGCAGGACGGCAUCCGGAAAACCUUUUAUCAGUUUCAGCAAGAUGUUGACAAGGCAGCUGCAGGUCUGCUUGCUCUGGGACUGAAAAAAGGGGACCGACUGGGAGUUUGGGGACCCAACUCAUACGAAUGGAUCCUUUUCCAGUUUGCUUCAGCUAAGGCUGGAAUCAUACUGGUGUCAUUGAACCCAGCUUAUCAGGUGAAGGAGGUGGAGUAUACCUUAAAGAAGGUCCAGUGUAAAGCUGUGGUCUGCCCUACCCGCUUUAGGGCACAACAUUUCUGUGAGCUGCUGAGGGAGAUCUGCCCCGAGAUCGACACGACACCAGUAGGCAUGCUCAAAAGCUCCAGGGUUCCAGACUUGCGUAUGGUGAUCGUGACAGACAGCAGACAGCCAGGGAUGCUCCAUGUAGAGGACGUCAUGCAAGCGGGGGAAAGUCGGCACCACAGCGAGCUUAUGGAUCUGCAGAGCAAGCUGUCCUUUGAUGACCCCAUCAACAUUCAGUUCACAUCGGGGACUACUGGCAGUCCAAAGGCAGCAGCUCUUUCCCACCACAAUAUUGUCAACAAUGCCUACUUUUUUGGCCUCAGAGUGGGUUAUGGAUGGAGACCUCAGGUACGAGUAUGUGUGCCUGUACCCAUGUACCACUGCUUCGGCUCUGUGGCGGGGGGGAUGUGUAUGGCGGUGCAUGGUGUCACUCUGGUCUUUCCUUCAGCUGGGUACAACAGUCAAGCCAACCUGGCUGCCAUACAGAGCGAAAAGUGCAAUUUCGUCUAUGGCACUCCCACAAUGUUCACUGACAUGCUGAGCCAACACGAUUUACACAAGUACGAUUUGUCAACAGCUGAAGCUGGUCUGAUGGGAGGUUCUCCAUGUGCUUCUGAGAUUGUGAGAAAACUGAGAACAGACAUGAACAUGAAAGAGAUAGUGCUAGGAUAUGGAACUACAGAGAAUAGCCCGCUUACAUUUCUGGGAUUCCCACAUGACAAUGAGGAGCUGAAGACAGAUACUGUUGGAUGCAUCAUGAGCCACACAGAGGCUAAAGUGGUGGACCCUAACACGGGGGAAAUAGUCCCUCUGGGGGCCUCAGGAGAGCUGCUGGUCAGAGGCAGCUGUGUGAUGCUGGGAUACUGGGACGAUCCCCAGAAAACCAGUGAAGCCAUCUGCCAAGCUCGCUGGUACAGGACUGGUGACACAGCCAGUCUGAACAGUCUUGGGUACUGCCGCAUCGAAGGUCGUAUGAAGGAUCUGAUCAUCCGAGGAGGGGAGAACAUCUAUCCCGCUGAGAUAGAGCAGUUUCUGUUUACACAUCCUAAAGUAACAGAGGUGCAGGUGGUCGGAGUGAAAGAUGAGAGGCUGGGCGAGCAGGUGUGUGCCUGCAUCAGACUGAAGGAGGGCCAGACUUCCACUGCAGAGGAGAUAAGAGCUUUCUGCAAAGACCAGAUCGCUCACUUCAAGAUCCCACACUAUGUUUUCUUUGUGGACAGCUACCCUCUGACAGCGUCUGGAAAGAUCAAGAAGAACAUAUUAAAGGAGGAAAUGGAGAAGAAAUUAGGCCUCUAACUUCAAGGACCAUCAUGGAUUCAAGAGCACAUGUUUUGAAACACAGAAACCUAACACAGGGAUGAAAUGCUUUCUUUAUCAUGAUUCUAUAAAUUACCUGAGUAUGGACUGUGAUACUGAACAUGUUCAUAUAAUAACACAGUGACAAGCUAACUCCAAUUCUCUAGUAGUCUGCUUUUAUUUCACAGUUUCCUUCCUGCAACACCCCCCAAACUCCCAUCCAACAGGGGAUGUCUCCAGCUGUGAGUCACAUGUUAACAACUCAGGGAGAUUUUCUGAGAAACUUUCUAGAGGAUUGCAUUUGUGAAAAGACAGGCAUUUUGUUAUGGUUAUGUAUUUUAAACUGUCCAGAUCUGAAAUAAACAUUUUACAAAGAAA